AUGAGAGGAAGUUCUGGUGAUAAGGCAAGGGUUAUACAGACCCUUCUUUUUGUAGCUGGCAUUAACACACUUCUACAAGCACUUUUUGGAACAAGAUUACGUGCAGUAGUUGGAGGCUCGUUUGCAUAUGUAAUUCCAGUUGCUUAUAUUAUUGGUGACUCUUCAUUGCAACGGAUCAAUGAUCCUCAUGAAGCUUUGCAUCAUUUUAUUUACAAAGACGCUCUUAUAGAAGAUGAAGAGUUCUUCAUGUCAGGUUCAUCGUUUUUGCCUUCAAUAUCUGAAACAUUUGCAGCAAAGUUAUUAGCAGCUGCCGAAAAGUAUGACUUGCCUAGACAUCUGAAGAAACAGCAGGAGAGGGAGGUAGCCGCGUUAACCAAAAAGUCAGACUCAGACGCACAAUGA